AUGGAUGCACCGCUGGAUGAGCUAGAAGUGACAACGUCCAAUGAGCACUACCAAGUGUACGACCCCGCCGUAUUCCUACCUGCAAGCUUGGAAGAGGUGGAAACAGUGAAAAUUUUGCGAUUCAAGCCUGAUGUUGAAAUGGCUGCCCCCGAUGACCUGUACGAGCGCAACGACAAAAGUACGAAGACACAACUGUUACCGGAGUAUCGCCACCUAUUUGUACACUCAGCCUCGUCCAGUUUCUUGCGUACGUGCCUCUCUACUUCUGGAAGCAAGUCGUUCUGGAGACAAAUCUCUAUGCUACCAUCGGUGUUUGAGUUUUCGUGCGGACCCUGGAACGUCUAUGGAAAGUGA